AUGUUUGCAGCAGUCAGUAGUUUCAUCAAAAAAAUUAGAGAGCCAAAGCCAAAUGAUCCAUUUGCGGUUCUUCCAAAAAAUUGCUGUGAAAAUAUUUUGCAGUUUCUAAGCGGUGCUGAAUUGUUGGAGUGUUCAAAAGUUAACAAAAGAUGGAAUUCGGUAAUUGGAAAAUCUGAGAGUUUUGAAAAAAAAGUGAGACUUAAGGUUUCCGAAAUUUUUGGUGGUGCUUUGGGAAGUUUCACUAUUCAUGAUGUUAAUUUUAUAAUAACAAAUGGACGAAGGUACAAGCACAUCAAACUCUUCAUAACCAGGAAAUUAACAUCACAUCAUCUCCUUCUGCUGGCAUCAUUCAAAUGGAUUUCGGUGCGCUUUUAUUAUCACGCUUUUCGAACUGAAAUCGAGAUGACAAACUUCUUCGGAAUCAUUGAAGCGAAUGUUGAGGAAUUGGAGUUGAGAGACAUCAGAUGCAUUUUCUCGAGGAAAGACAAUAUUUUGGCACCAAACAUGAUCUUCCCUAAGUUAAGGACUCUCCGACUUGCUGACUGUAACACUUACAUUUAUUCACAAAUCUUCCAAAACGUCAAAACUAUUCAAAUGUUACACUUGGAAACGAAAAUAUUUUCAGCAGUCGACUACAAAGAUUGGGAGUUUAUCGAGCGAGUUAAAGCAUUUCAAACAAUUUUAAGAAAUAAUCAAAACCUUAAAGUUUUAGGAUUUUAUCUUCAUCAAACAGAUUUUGAUAAUUUAUUUAUCGAUGACAAAUUUCUUUGUGGCUUCAAAUUUCAAUUGGAAGCAUUGAAAUUCAAGAAAUUCAGGAAACAACCAGAACCGAAAUCGAACACAAUUCAAAUGGAAAAUCUUCAGAAGUUCCUAAGUAUGCACAACAAAACAUUGAAAUAUCUUGAAUUGAAUGAAUGGCUGGGUAAUGAUGUACUUGAAACCGUCAUCAAUACAAUGGAUAACUUGAAAACUCUGGCGAUUUGUGAAUUGGAGACUUAUGGAACACACGAUGAUUCGAUUGCAAACAUGAAUUUCUUUAAGAACGAGUCAAUUGAGUCUGUGUCAUUGCAUGCUGGUUACUCAAAGUUCAACGAACUGCAGAGAAUCCUUGUUGGUCAAUUCCCGAAUUUGAAAGCUUUGAGAAUUGGAACAGUAAAUCAGCCAAUCUUGAAAGUUCUCGUCGAAAAAGCACAUAAACUUGAACAUCUUGAAACAGAUUUCUUCACCGCUUUCUUCCCGCCAGACCGCAGCGCACUUAGGCACUUAAGGAGUAUGAGAAUUCAUAUUGAUUAUGCAAGGCACUUUAAAGAUAUUCUACGUGAUUUCAGUUAUUAUUCAAACUUUGAAACAGUUUUCUUAAAUGCUGCCAAAACCGUUGAUAUCUUUCACAAGGCUCAUGGCAUUUUUUAA